AUUGUGUGAAAGUAUUGCUAUUUUGGAUCUACGCGCGCGCUUCUCUCAUCCUUUACAUCUAUUGCGUCGUUAGACCGUGCACGUCCAGGACGUCUCGAAAAUGGUUAAUGACCCUCGAAUGAGUGACCAAGAGAUGGCAGCCAUUAGCGCUGCAGCGGUGACAAGGGAAUACCGUGUUCAACCGCAUCUCGAUUAUCGUACUGUGUCUGCUAUCAAUGGACCCCUCGUCGUUCUUGACAACGUCAAAUUCCCCUCAUAUAAUGAAAUUGUGCAGCUCACUUUACCGGACGGAAGCAAACGAGGUGGUCAAGUACUCGAAGUGCAAGGGAAGAAAGCUAUUGUUCAGGUGUUUGAGGGUACUUCUGGAGUUGACGUCAAGGCUACCCACGUUGAAUUCACUGGAAGCAGCAUGAAGUUACCUGUGGCAGAAGACAUGCUGGGUCGAAUCUUCAAUGGUUCGGGCAACCCGAUUGAUAAUGGUCCUAAGGUGUUUGCAGAAGAUUAUCUGGAUAUCAAUGGAUCCCCGAUCAAUCCCUUCUCACGUAUAUAUCCCGAAGAAAUGAUUCAGACUGGAAUCUCCACUAUUGAUACCAUGAAUUCCAUCGCCCGGGGCCAAAAAAUUCCUAUCUUCUCAGCUGCAGGCUUGCCGCACAAUGAGAUCGCUGCACAAAUAGUCCGACAGUCAGGUUUGGUCAAACGGCCCACGAAGGAUGUGCAUGAUGGCCAUGAGGAUAAUUUCUCCGUGGUCUUCGCUGCAAUGGGUGUCAAUAUGGAAACUGCGCGUUUCUUCAAGGAGGAUUUCGAAUCCAACGGCAGUCUUGACCGAGUGACCCUUUUCUUGAAUUUGGCAAAUGACCCAACAAUUGAGCGUAUCAUCACCCCUCGUCUGGCCCUCACAACUGCUGAAUAUUAUGCAUACCAACUUGAGAAACACGUUUUGGUCAUCUUGACGGAUAUGUCUUCUUAUGCUGAUGCCUUGCGAGAGGUCUCUGCUGCGCGUGAAGAAGUGCCCGGUCGACGUGGUUACCCCGGUUACAUGUAUACUGAUUUGUCUACUAUCUACGAACGUGCUGGCCGUGUUGAGGGCAGGAACGGUUCUAUCACCCAAAUUCCUAUCCUUACCAUGCCUAAUGACGAUAUCACACAUCCUAUCCCCGAUUUGACUGGUUACAUUACUGAGGGCCAGAUCUUCGUCGAUCGUCAACUACAUAACCGACAAAUAUACCCUCCCAUCAACGUGCUCCCCUCGUUGUCUCGUUUGAUGAAGAGUGCUAUUGGCGAGAAGCUUACCAGAAAAGAUCAUGGGGAUGUAUCAAAUCAACUGUAUGCCAAGUACGCUAUUGGUCGCGAUGCUGCCGCAAUGAAAGCCGUCGUUGGCGAAGAAGCUUUAUCUUCAGAAGAUAAGCUAGCACUCGAAUUCCUUGACAAGUUCGAGCAUCAAUUUGUGGGCCAAGGUGCUUAUGAAUCACGGACCAUCUUCGACUCUCUUGACCUUGCCUGGUCGCUUCUGCGUAUCUUCCCGAAGGAGCAGCUCAAUCGGAUUAACCCCAAGAUCAUUGCUGAAUUCUAUGGUCGCAAACCGACGAAAAAGCCUACAGCAGCGGCGGUGGCCGAGGAACAUAAAGAAGAAAAACUCAUUGAUGCGUAGUGUUGUCAUCGUUGGUAUAGAACAUGUCGACGCCAACCUUCUUGUUCAAGGACUUCGUACAUUCCGGGUUUGUUUGCACUCAGCAUUUCUUGAAUCCCCCUGCCUUACCCCCUUAAUUCCCGUCACUAGUAGUUUCAACAUUUGACUUACUUGGUAUUUCUCCUCGUGUCCCCGGAAUAAUGAUUAUGACCUUCCGCUGAAAAGGUUGAUUUCCUCAGACCCGGUCUUUUUGGAGUUUUGCGGCGGACACAACUAGCAGUUUUGGUGUUGGAAGUUGACUGGCAUUGCAGGGAGAGCUAAUAGAAGAGCCAUCCAACAAUGUUGUCUAUUUGAGAGUCUUUAAUUCGGAGGGGGGAUCUGUGCGAAAUGUCAGAAGUGAAUUUUAAUAUGCCGUUCCGUUGCCAGCG